UUGGUUACACUUGCUGUGGCAUUGAGUUUUGUUUUCUCAGUUCGUCGGGAAAUUAAUCUUGUAAAUUUUUGGUAAAAAUUGCAAUGGAAUGAUGUUUAAUUUUUUUGGGAAAACACCUACACCUGAAGAGCAGCAGCGGGACAAUGACCGGGCGCUCAGGAAGGUGGGCCGCGACAUGGAGCGCGAGCAGCGCUCCCUCGAGCGGGAGGAGAAGAAGCUGGAAAUGGAGAUAAAGAAGAUGGCAAAGGAAGGCAACAGGGAAGGCUGCACCAUCCUGGCCAAGCAGUUGGUACAACUGCGCAAGCAGAAGGCACGCUCGCUCGCCGCAGGCAGCAAAGUCCGCAGCAUCGGCUUCCAGAACAAGGCCAUGGGCGCGAACGCAAAGCUGGCUGGCGCGAUGGGCACCACGUCCAAGACCAUGGCAGACAUGAACACCAUCAUGAAGCCAGAGAAGAUCGCUGCUGACAUGAGGGCGUUCGGGCAGGCCGCCAUGAAGAUGGAGAUGACGGAGGAGAUGAUGAACGACGUGCUGGACGACGUGUUCGACGAGUCCGGGGACGAGGAGGAGGGCGACCGGAUCAUGAACCAGGUGCUGGACGAGAUCGGCAUCGAGGUGUCGGGCAAGAUGGCGGCGGCGCCGGCUGCUCACCGCGGCCGGCUGGGCGAGGACGCCGCCUCGCGCCUGCCCACGGACGCUGAGCUGGAGGCGCAGCUGGCCAAGCUGCGGGCGUAGGCGGCACGGCACGUCCGGCUGAUACUCUUCCCACAGUUGUCUGAGUGCAGUACGCCCCCGAUUAUCCGCGAAGUUAAGUGCCAGGGCCACCGCGGAUCGUGAAAAUCGUGGAUGAUCCGCAAAAGAGCCGAAAAUGGGAAACAAAAAAAGGAAACAUUAAUUUCAACUUAAAAAUCUAAACAUUUAUGUACAGUAAAAGUUACUAUUAACUGUAAAAAAAAUUUUAAUGAUGCUAAAAUUUUAGUAUUUUACUGAAUAAUUAACAUACAAUACAUUUCAGUAAUGUAAACAUUAAAGUGCUCAACCAUACGACUAGAAACAAAGUGCGACAGAGACAAAAAUAGCAGCGCAUGUCAGCCUACUGCGUGAGUUCCGAGAAGGCCUGUGGCGUUUUACUGUAUACUGCACACAAUACACUCGUCAGUAGAGGUCAAAUUUGCUCAAUUGUAAUAAAAUACAGAUUUACACAUGUGCUUUAUUUUUUCAUAGCAUGCGGCUAUGCGCGGAUAAUAGGGAGUUUACUGUACUCCACGGCACACCAUUCAUUAAACCAUCUCAAUUCUGGCUACGUAACUGCUUUUUAAUUAUACGAAGCAUUUUAUAGUUUAUUUCUGAUGGUAGCUUUAACAAAUUGUAUUAUAUAUAUAUUUUUUGCGCUAUGGCAAGCUACACACUUGACAUCUUUCUUAGGUAAGCUCUUGCUAGUGUAAAAAUGUACUAUAUGAAUAAUCAUACUAGUAAAUCCAGUUAUUUUUUCUGUAAUCUCAUUAAAAUGUUUCUCAUCAGUUGUCUUUUGUAUCAAGAAUAAAGGACUUAGCUUGUGGCCUUCAUAACAUUGUCAGUCUGUUUGCGUCCAGUUUUGCUUUUCCAGUCAUCAUGAUUGAUAAUAUUUAUUACCAUCCAUUUCCAUCAUGUUUAUUAUUGUUUUUGGAACAUUUUAGUGUGUUUGAAAAAAUUUCAUUAUUGUUAAUUAUUGUUGAUGUGUUAUAUACAUAUAUUUUUAAAUACAUAUAUAUAUUUUUUAAUGUAAUAUAUUUGUAUUAUUAUUUUUCUCUGAAUGCUAAAAUAAAUUAGUCUGUCAUUAUUGUGCUAAAAAUAUCAAAUAAUAGUUUUCAUGUUUUUGUCUUAACAGUAGAAUUCUAUAUAUGUUUUUUGCAGGAAAAAUUUUAAAAAUAAUUUUAUAUAUUUAAUGUGUACAAUUUGAUGAGAUAGUUUGUAAAUGCUGCAAUGAGGUUGUUGGUUUGUGUGUAGUACACAAGAGAAUUAAUAUUUUGAUGUGACAUCAUGUGAUUUGGAACAGUAUUUCAUCAUACACAUAUAAAAAGAUCUUGAGAUAUGAACUGUAUUUUGUAAGAUAUGCAUUUGCACACACAUUUUUAUUUAUUACACCCUCAGUCAAAGUAAACUAUAAGCCAUUUAUAUGAGACUUAAAAUAUUUUUGGUAAAACCCAUAGAAAGGUUUUAAUAUUUAAACUGUAAUUUUGUACAUGUGUAUAUAGAGGUUUGCUCUUCCAACAAUGAUUGGUGAGUAGUAUUUGUCAUCCAUAUAUCAUUGCUUGUUUAAAAAGUUUCGUGUUUGGAAAAAAUGAAAUAUGUCUGUGGCGGUACAUCUAUCGCGCUACGCCCACCACCUGGCUAUCAGCACCGUCUGUCCCGUCGGUGUUUGUACACCCCUGGGCCAGAAGGCAGCGCACCCUCCAGGAGUCCCGUUAGCCGGGAUGCCAAGUGGAUUAUCACCCCUCCUCCGUGCGGGCUAGCAGGCUGGCGAGGAGGAAAGAAGACAGAGUUCCAUUCUGUCUCUCGCCGCGACCAGGUUGUUGUGCACUGUAGAAACAUGCAAAUUUGUUAGCGCACUCGACGGCGCAAAUAAAUAAUGUGCAACAGUAAA